AUGGACGUGAUGUGAUGUCAUUUCGACGUGAAUUAAAGGAGAGGGGGCCACCGCCAAUCCCCUCCCCCAUACUUCCCCAACUCUAAUCCGCACACGCCAAUCCCGCUGCAGCACUGUCGAGUGCGGGCUGCUCCCACUGCACCGCGAUGAUCUCACCAUGAUCCGCAUUGGGGCCUCUUUCCUUGCUAGCCCAGGGGCAAGACCACGACCCAUAUGACAGCUCGUCAGCACAAGGCAAGCAAAGAAAAAAACGUAUAAAAGGACCACUGUCCUCCGCCGAAAAAAGAACUCAUCAACAACUACCACUACAACAACUUCUCCCACCUCAACCAACCCAACCCCCCACAAACAAAAACCAACAUGUCCAACGUUACUGACAAGAUCUCCAACACCGCCAACUCCUACAUGGGAGGUGCCAAGCAGUCGAUCGGCGAGACCAUCGGUAACAGCGACCUCGCUGCCGCCGGUGCCCAGCAGAAGGCCCAGGCUGAUGCCGCCGCCGCCGCCGCCACCGCCAAGGCCCACACCGAGGGUAUGGGUCACCAGGUCAAGGGCAACGUCCAGCAGAACGUCGGAUCCGCUCUCGGCAACACUGAGAUGCAGGCCAAGGGCCACGCCAACGAGACCCGCGGCGAUAUGGAGCGCAAGGUCUAAACCAAACCUCUUUGCAACAACAACAACCAAUGUAAAUAAUAUUGUAAUAAACAUAUUCUAAACCAAAC